AUGUCUGAAGAAAACGAAAACGUAGCUCCAAUGAACAACGAAAAGGUCAUUUCGAUGGAAGAGCAAGAAGUGACACAAGAAACCGUUGGGAACAAAAAUGAAAAGCAGGACACUUCUCGCAACGAAAUCCUUGAAAACAUGCUCAAAGAGAUGUCUGAAGAAAACGAUAACGUGGCUCCGAUGAACAACGAUAAGGACAAUUUGGUGUCGGAAGUGAGACAAGAAACCGCUGAGAACAAAACGGGAAGCCAAGAUGGUUCUCGCAACGAAAUCGUUGAGAAAAUGCUCAAAGAGGUUUUGGAUAAACAGAAAAAUCUCGUCGAUGAGCUCCGUUCCGUCAGAAGCGAUCUUCAAUUGAUUCGAGACGAUUUGAAACCAAGAAUAGUGAAAGCAGCAGCUUUGAAAGAAACGGAUGAUGAAGAUGAAACAGAUUCAGAAUCUGAUAACGAGAGUGCUACCAUGCCGACUACUGGAAAAUACUUCGUUUUAAAACAUGUCUUUAAGAAUGUCUCGAAUAUGAAGGAAGAUGAACAUCGGUUGUCAGAACCGGAAGAACACUAUGGAGUUGAAUGGAGAAUGCUUGUGUACCGAACGAAAGAACAGCUUAAGUUUUAUUUGAACUGUCUGAAAUCGAUGGACAGUGUGAAUUGGAGAAUCGAAACUCAGCGAAAACAUGUACUAGUUUCGAAUCGAGUGGAAAACAAAGUGAUGGAAAGCAUAGGAAUAUUUGACAAAGAGUCUCGCUCGUGGGGAUGGCCAUUUAUCGCAUGGGAUGUUCUGGAAAAAGACUUCCUUGUGGAUGACCAAUUAACAGCUGAAAUUCACGUGAAAAUCGAGAAAACAACUGGUAUUUACAAAGAUAAUCUGAGAAGUUUCGACGAGACAAUGGAAGAAUUCUCGGAUGUAGUACUUGUUGUCAACGAAGAGAAAUUCUACGUCUUAAAAUUAUAUUUGGCUGCUCACUCACCCUAUUUCAAGGCCUUGUUUUUGGGAAAUUUCAACGAUUCGAAGAAAUCUGAAAUCAAAUUGAAUGGAAUCGAUGCAGAUGAUUUCCAGAACUACCUCGAAGUUCUUUAUGGAGAAAAUGCAAUUGAUGAAUUCACAGUCGAAGGUCUUCUUCUCGUCGGUGAUAUGUACGACACUCCACUGGUCAUUCGCAAAUGCGAGCAGUUUCUACUCAAGGAAUCAAAGAAAUCAUUGAAGAAAAGGUUGCAAAUGUCCAUGAAAUACCAUCUGGAAGCAUUGAAUAAACAAUGCCGCAAGGAUAUCAAAUCUGUUGCUGACAUCAAAUCAGUUCUCCCAGGAGAUAUUCGUGAUUUGGAUCCAUCAAUUACGACGGAGUUUUUGGAAAUUGCCCUCUCUAUUCAAUAA